AAGUGCUGGGAUUACAGGUGUGAGCCACCGCGCCCAGCCUUGUUUUGUGUUUUAAGUCUGAAAAUAUCUGUAUUCUUUACUCACACUUGAGUAGUAUUUUUGCUUAGUGGAGAAUUCCAAGUUCGAAAUAUUUUUUUCAGAAUUUGAAGAUUAUUAAACUGUGUUCUAUAAUCUAUUGUUGACUUGAAACACUCGAUGGCAAUCUAAUUAUAUGGAUAUCAUCAGUUCAUUGUACCCCAUGCCUUAGGAAGUACUGGAUUCUCCUCUUCAUUACCAGUGUUCUAAAAUUCCACUAUUUGUGUCUAGGUGUUGUGGGUUUAUAUUCAUUUCAAUGUAAACAUAUGUGCUCUUCAGAUUUUUUUUUUCUAGAGUUUCUUUCUUAUGUUUCUCUCCUCCAUCUUGGUUUGGUUUCAUUCUUUCUUUUCCAAAAUAAAUGUCCAUUGGUCAGAUCUUUCUGUGUCAAACCUCUCUCGGUUUCAUCUUUUCUUUCAUAUUUUCCUCCUUCCCUGAUCUAAAUCUUGUGCAAUAUCUUUUGUUCUAUUUUUGCUUAAAUCACAAACUAUCAAAGUUGGACGUGACCUUGAAGAUGAGCUACUUCAAUUCUCUUAUUUCGCAGAUUGAAAGUCUAAGGCCCAGAAAGAAAGAAGUUUCAGGGAGGUGAAAUGACUUGCCCACAGUCACACCUGUGCGUAAGGACCAGGGCUACCUGACUCUACACUCUUGAUUUUUUCCCAUGGCCAGGAAGCCUUGCACAAUUUAUCCCCUCACCUUUUCCCUUAGACAUCAAGGGGGUGACCCAUCAAUAGAAAGGAGCCCUUGAGGUUCCAGGCAAAUAAUCAGCCUGCCAUGGAAGCUGCCAAUGAGUCUUCAGAGGGAACCCCAUUCAUUUUAUUGGGACUGACAACAAGUCCUGGACAGCAGCGGCCUCUCUUUGUGCUGUUCUUGUUCUUGUAUGUGGUCGGCCUCCUGGGUAAUGGACUCAUUGCGGCUGCCAUCCGGGUCAGUCCAGCCCUUCAUGCACCCAUGUACUUCCUGCUGGCCCACCUGUCCUUCGCUGACCUCUGCUUCACCUCCGUCACUGUGCCCAAGAUGUUGGCCAACUUGUUGGCCCAUGACCGCUCCAUCUCGCUGGCCAGCUGCCUGACCCAAAUGUACUUCUUCUUUGCCCUGGGGGUAACUGAUAGCUGUCUCCUGGCCGCCAUGACCUAUGACCGCUACGUGGCCAUCCAGCACCCCCUCCACUAUGCCAUGAGGAUGUCCCGGGCCGUGUGCACAGCUCUGGUGGGGAUGGCAUGGCUAGUGUCCCACGUCCACUCCCUCCUGCAUAUCCUGCUCAUGGUUCGCUUGUCCUUCUGUGCUUCCCACCAAGUGCCCCACUUCUUCUGUGACCACCAGCCUCUCUUAAGGCUCUCGUGCUCCGACACCCGCCACAUCCAGCUGCUCAUCUUCACCGAGGACGCCGCCGUGGUGGUCACUCCCUUCCUGCUCAUCCUUGCCUCCUAUGGGGCCAUUGCAGCUGCUGUGCUGCAGCUGCCCUCGGCCUCUGGGAGGCUCUGGGCUGUGUCCACCUGUGGCUCCCACCUGGCUGUAGUGAGCCUCUUCUAUGGGACAGUCAUUGCAGUCUACUUCCAGCCCACAGCCCGAUAUGAGGCAGAGCAGGGCCGUGUGGCCACUGUCAUGUACACUGUAGUCACCCCCAUGCUGAACCCUGUCAUCUACAGUCUCCAGAAUCGCGAUGUACAGGCAGUCCGAGCCCUUCUCAUUGGGCGAAGGAUCUCAGCUAGUGACUCCUGAGGGCAGGACCCCACUGAGGACAGACCACAUCGCCCACACUGGCAACUGUUGAACAUGACCCUCUGUCCUCUGCUAUGCUCAAAAAUCAUAACGGCUGUCAUUUUCUGAGCACUUGCCCAGAAGCAGAUCCUUGCCUGAUCUCAUUUUAUUCCCACAGCCACCCAGGAUGUAGGUAUUAUGAUCCUGUUUUACAUACAAGAAAAUUUGUCUUUGGGCUCAGAGAUAAGCAGUGACUUUCCAGCCAGGUGCAGCGGCUCACGCCUGUAAUCCCAGCACUUUGAGAAGCCGAGGUGGUGGAUCACCUGA